GGGAGGAGCCGGCGGACAGAGGCGGCGCCGCCAAUGGGCAGAGGCCACGGGCUCGCUUGUGGGGAGUUGUGGCGCAAACGUUGGAGGGGGUUUGCGGGGAGGAAGAGGAGGCGGGUCGGCCCGAGAGGAGUUUUGUGGUGAGCCGAGGAGAGGCGGCGAGACCCGACUGCCCGGUGGUGGGACUAGCACCUGAGGCGGGCGACGGGGACGACACGAGUGCGCUCACGCACCGCGGGCCGAGCCGGUUGGUCGUAUUUCUUCCACCGUCCAGUUCCGGGGGGCCUCGCUCUCCCGGCGUCCCGCCAGCAAGCUGUUUCCCGCGGGGAGGCACGAGAUGGCCCGAUCCAUGUUGGCGACGGCCACCAGCCUGGUGCUCACCACCACCGUGGUCACCCACGCCUACUAUCUCAAGCGCCAGUUCUACCCCACUGUGGUCUACCUCACCAAGUCCAGCCCCAGCAUGGCUGUGCUGUACAUCCAGGCCUUUGUCUUGGUCUUUCUCGUCGGCAAGUUCAUGAGGAAGGUGUUCUUCGGGCAACUGCGGGCUGCAGAGAUGGAGCAUUUAAUCGAGCGCUCCUGGUACGCAGUGACGGAGACCUGCCUGGCGUUCACCGUCUUCAGGGACGACUUCAGCCCGCGCUUUGUGGCCAUCUUCACCCUGCUCCUCUUCCUCAAGUGCUUCCACUGGCUGGCAGAGGAUCGCGUGGACUUUAUGGAGAGGAGCCCGAACAUCUCCGUGCUGUUCCACCUCCGCGUUACCUCACUCAUGGGAUUGCUCACUGUGUUAGACCUCCUGUUUGUAAACCAUGCUUGCCACAGCAUCAUGACCCGAGGCGCGUCUGUCCAGCUGGUGUUCGGCUUUGAGUACGCCAUACUUCUCACCAUGGUGCUGACCAUCUUCAUCAAGUACGUUCUCCACACCAUUGACCUUCAGAGCGAGAAUCCCUGGGACAACAAGGCCGUUUACAUGCUGUACACGGAGCUCCUGACCGGCUUCAUCAAGGUGCUGCUCUACAUGGCCUUCAUGACCAUCAUGAUCAAGGUGCACACGUUCCCGCUGUUCGCCAUUCGCCCCAUGUACCUGACCAUGAGGCAAUUCAAGAAGGCCGUGACUGACGCCAUUAUGUCACGGCGAGCGAUUCGCAACAUGAACACGCUGUACCCCGACGCCAGCCCAGAGGAGCUGCAACUGACGGACAACGUCUGUAUUAUCUGCCGGGAGGAGAUGGUGACGGGAGCCAAGCGACUGCCGUGCAACCACAUCUUCCACACCAGGUGCCUCCGCUCCUGGUUUCCCUCCAGCAGACCUGCCCCACCUCCCGCAUGGACGUUCCUGCGCUUCCACGCUCCCGCGCCUCUCUCUUCCCCCACUCUCAGUCAGCCCCUUCCGCAGACGCCCUUGGUGCCCCAGCAACCGAACCUGCCUCCGGGAAUGAUGCCACCCUUCCCGCCGGGGCUGUUCCCCUUCUGGCCGCCGAUGGGCCACAUGGGCCAGAACCUCUUCCCUCAGGCCCCACCGGCCUUUCCCCCCAACACCCGCAAACCAAACGCUCUUCCCCCCUCCGGUCAAACGCUCAGGUCCAACGCUGCUACUGGUGAUUCCUCGAGGAGCGGAGACUCCAUGGCAGGGACCGGCUUGGAAGCGCCGCCCACGGGCUCCAUCCCAGGAUUUCCUUUCACCUUCCCUCCGUUCCCAACGGCUCCUUGGGUGGGAAUGCCGCCACUUCCGUUCGCGAUGCCUCCGAUGCCGUUGCCCCCGUCGGGAUUUGCCGGGCUGACGGAAGAGGAGCUGCGUGCGAUGGAAGGGCAGGAACGUCAGAACCUGGAGGCCCGGCUCCAGUGCCUGCAGAACAUCCACACGCUGCUCGACGCUGCCAUGGUCCACAUCCACCAGUAUCUCGCCGUGGUGGCCACCCUCAGCCCCCCCAGGCCGACGACAACCGAGCGAGCGGCGCCCAGCACGGAGUCGCCGGAGCCGGCAGCGGGAGCGCAGGCAGAUUCACCGGGAGCGCCCCCCUCUCCCACUCCCGCUCCAGCGGCCGACACCACCUCGACAGAACCAGCACCGGCUCCCGAGGAAAUAGGACCGAGCGACCUGGAAGGGGCGGUGGGCUACACGGCGCCAGAUUCGCCUGGCAGCCGCCGCGGCCACGACGAAGACGAGGAGGAGGGCGCCCGGCUGGGGGAGCCGGACGCCGCCGAGCUGCGGCGCCGCCGUCUACGGAAUCUGGAGCGCCCCGGCGCCCCGCUCUAACCAACCGCUGGCUGCCGGCCUCGAUGGUGGUGGUGGUGCGGAGGGGAGGCCCAGGAAAGUCAACCGGGCCUUGUUUGUGUGUGUGUGUGCGUGCGUGAGGGAAGUCUGCGAAGGGGGGGGUCUCCACUAUCUGCUCGACCGGUUCCCCCCACCCCGACUGCCAUCGAUUCACCAGCUGACCCCGAGGUCCAAUCUCCACGACUCCAGUAAACCAUACACCAGCCACCACCUCUUGUCCUGUGCUCUUCAGUCGUUCCAGACACACCACUAGGCACCAGUUUAAUUUUUUUUCUUUCUCUUUCUCUCUUUCUCUGUCUCUAAAGCUGGUCUGGAUUUUUGACACGGUCUCCCCACCCCCCCAACCCCCCCCAUGCGCCCAGAGUUGGCGUCAACCCAUCUGCAUUGAUUCAGAGCCAAGCCCCGGCACAGAUGGCAGCACUGGGGCCUGUUCUGUGUGGUCCCCUUUCUUUUAGCCUGAAGUAGGCCACUGAUGACCUGUGGCCUGCUUCAACGUAGGCCCCAGCCUUUAGUCGGACAAGGGGAGGUGACCUGUGGCCUGCUUCAACGUAGGCCCCAGCCUUUAGUCGGACAAGGGAGGUGACCUGUGGCCUGCUUCAACGUAGGCCCCAGCCUUUAGUCAGACAAGGGAGGUGACCUGUGGCCUUCUUCAACGUAGGCCCCAGGCUUUAGUCGGACAGGGUAGGUAACCUGUGGCCUUCCUCGGGGGGUAAAUCCCAGCCUUUAGUGCUUGUACACCACGGGUUCCUCUGGGACUGGGUGGUGGUGGUGGUCCUUGACACAACCUUGAGGGUGACCUGUGGCCUGCUGCGGGGCAAUUCCCGGCCUUUAGUGUGACAUAGUCAACCAGGUGACCUGACCUGAGGCCCGCUUUAGAGUAAUCCCCCGGCCUGUCAGUGGAGAUGUCUGAAAACCAUGUCCGAUGCGGAGGAGGUUUUGUCCUUCUGCUGUUAAACAUUUUUUCUUUUUAAACUUCCUUGACCCCCAGCUCCUUCUCCUUCCAAGACAGACAAAAAUGCGGGAGUAACUCAGCGAGUGAGGCGGCAUCUAUGGAGCGAAGGAACAGGUGACACUUCAGGUCGAGACCCUCCUCUUCUCCACAGAUGCUGCCUCACCCGCUGAGUUUCUCCAGCAUUUUUUUUUGUCCAUACCUUCGAUUUUUUUUUUUCCAGCAUCUGCAGUCCUUUCUUAAACUCUCCUUCCAAAAGCCGGUCAUUAUUUAACCUCCUCGCUUUGACCGAAACCCCUCAAAAAAAACACACGAUAGAUCGACGCUGGAGAUAAGACGCGAUGCGCUGGAGUGAUCACAGCGGGGCCGGCAGAAGGAACGGCCGACGUUUCGGGCCUUCGAGAGGACUCGAAACGUCGCCCUUUCCUUCCCACACUCCCUCCCCCAGAGACGCUUCCCCUGCCCCCCCCC